AUUCACACCUAUCACUACGCUUUGCCUCCGCGCGAUCAUUCAAUGUCGAUUGCUGAACAGAGGCAGGUCUGUAUUCUUGGCUGUUCGAAAAUCAAAAGAUCCAAUAAAUCAACUCGCCCACGAUUCCGCAUUACUGCUGUUCGUAGGUAUGGCGAUGGUGAUGAUCUUCGACAUAGCAUUCAAAGCCAAAAAAAUGGGUCUUAUCAACUCUGGAAAUAGUGCUAGGAAUGGGCUUUAUAAUUCCAGCUCCAGGAUUCUUUUCUCUUUUCUUCCUUUGAGGCUUGCCGGUUCUUGCCACUUCCUGGAUAUCUAUUGUGUCGUUUUGUUUCUCCUUUCAACAAAUAUCAAUCAUUCUCCUGUGGUCUUCUCCGAUGGCUCCUUCGCUUUCACCUUCAAAACAAACGGAACCUGGGACAUCAGUGGUCGAAGCAGAAACAGAUCCAAAUUUGCUCUUGGGUGCCCUCGAGAUUGGGAUAUUUGUCAGUACAUUCCUCUUCGGGGUGCUUAUGACUCAAGGCCGGACAUACUGGCGACAACGGAAGCGUGACGGAACUAUGUUUCAAGUGUUGGUCGUGCUUUUACUCACUCUCGAAUUCGGGCAUACCAUAGCGUGCAUGGGAACCGUCUACUAUUUUACGGUGACCACAGCAGGAUACAGUGUCAAACCAGGCAACUGCUACUCUUUCAGCAUCGCUAUGGCCUUCGGCGCGUUUGUCAUCACUCUUGUUCAGACCUUCUAUGUGUUCCGCUGUUACACCUUCAGCUCGAACCUCACUCUCAGCUUGAUUGGUUACUCGCUCGUGCUUUUUCACGUUUCUGGAACCCUCUGGAUCACGUACGAAUCUUGGUUGGGGGUAACAGAUCCGAAUCCGUUCAAAGUUCAGACGGACUUUGGGUGGCUGAUCUCGGCUACACUUGGGGUAGGGGCAUUGGUUGAUGUCUAUGCAGCGGGAAGUAUGUGUUGGUAUUUGAUAAGAUCAUUAGAUGGGAUUGGGAGCAUUCAAAUGUUCGAGAGCACCACGAGCUUGGUGAAGAGUCUUUCGGUUUGGACGAUAGAAACUGGCCUCGCAACAAGCGCAGCUUCCAUCGCUGUGUUGGUGUGCUUCUACUUCAUGAGAUUCAAUUAUAUCUGGGCCGCGAUUUAUUUGUCAUUGACCAAACUGUAUAGCAUCUCCUUCUUAGCGUCGUCAGAUCCAUCUCAUCGCUUCUAUCUGUUACUGCCGACUGAUGAGACCCAUUCUCUUCAGAUUAAACCAACGUACGACAUACCGAAUGAGAUAUGGCAUUGCUGACAGCACACUCCCCCGGAGCCCUCCCCAGGUCCAAUCACAGCUUUCUUCAUAUACCUUGAACUCGAGUCGGCGGGAUUCACUUUCUGGUGUCAAAACACAAAGGAGGCGGUGGACGGACACUCGAUCGAUUCCGCUGAGUUUGACUGGAGCUGUUUUUCGUCGCUGAUUUGACCGCAAAUUCGUUCUCCAUCGGACCAUAAACCAACUCCUUCGUUAGAUAGUGAUUAGGAAACCUCAUUUUGAGAUCCACUUACCUGGCCGAAGUCUUGUUCAGAGUACAGUACCUAGUGCAAACACCGAAUUGAGAAGUAUUUGUGACCAUCCAAAUCAUCUACAUAGCUUG